AGAUUCAAAUUGUAAAUAGACAAGAAAUUAUUAAUCUAGAUGAAGAAUUUGCAGAGUCAAGUACUUCUACAAAUAACAAAAAACGUUCAAAUAUAGAAUCUCAAAAAUCUAAAAAACGUUUACGAAUAGAUUUUAAUUAA